AUGGCGGCACACAUCGCUCGGACAUGUGUACAACGAUCUCCAUUUGCUGUAAUAUCGGCCUCGACUCUUUUCCGACGGACUACUGAUCGUUCAAAGCUUCUUGUCUCCCAAAUCGCCACUUACAAGAGUAAACAAUCCUUAGACAUUCUUUAUCCGAACAGUAAACUUGAUUUCAGAACCUUACCUGACGUUCAGAAAAAUGCAAAGACAGAUGAAGAAUUUUCUGGUAUUAUUCCAGUUGAAAAAAUUGAUAUCAAAUAUUUAAAGUCCAGUGGUCCAGGAGGUCAGAAUGUGAAUAAAGUUAAUACAAAAGUUGAAAUCCGAUUCCAUGUAGAAUCAGCAGAUUGGAUACCAGAUUGGGUCAAACCGAAAAUUCUAGAAAAUGAGAAAGGCAGAAUAAACAAGAAUGGUUACAUGUUUAUCAACUCUGAUCGAACCAGAAAGCAACUUUUAAAUCAAGCUGAUUGUUUACAAAAACUGAGGACAAUUAUAUUUAAUGCCAGUUAUCAGCCUCAAGAGCCAACUGUUGAGGAGAAGAAGUUCCACUCUGAAAGAAUUGCAAAGAUACAAAAGUCAGUUCUCAAAGUAAAACGCGAGCAUUCUCUGAAGAAGCAACGCCGACAGGGCCCGACAGUCGACAUUUUCUUAAAUAAAAAAAAUUGUUUAUCACCACAUUUCACGGAACAAAGAAUUGGAAGAAUCUACUGCUGA